UGGGGACUGAGAGGAGCGGAGCGACUCGAGAGCCGGGCUGGGCUGGGCGGGCCGAGCCGAACAUCCGCGGGGCGGGCAUGAGGAGCGGCGGGACGCAGAGCUGCCAGCACCCCCCGCUCGGGGCCGGUGCACCGUGGGCAGCCCGGCGGAGCCCGCCGGUCCGUGGGCCCUGAAGCUCCGUGGUGCCCCGCUGCCACUCGGUGCCCCGCCGGCCCCGCCUUGUCCCGUCCCGCCGGGGCUGCCUCAGGGGGGACCUGGGCUAUGAGGUGGUGGUUGCGCGCCGCCGUCCUCAGCCUGCUCGCCGGCGCUGAGGGCAGCGGCCAGACCGAGUCCCGGGCCGUGGUGGGGCGCGUCGGGGAGAGCACGGUGCUGGGCUGCGACCUCCUGGACGCUCACGAAGCUCGUCCCCCCCUCUACGUGAUCGAGUGGGUCCGCUUCGGCUUCGUCCUCCCCAUCUUCAUCAAGUUCGGGCUCUACUCGCCGCGAGUGGACCCGGAGUACGUCGGUCGCGUGCGGAUCGAGGAAGGCGCUUCGCUGCGGAUCGACCUCCUGCGUGCCGAGGACCAGGGCUGGUACGAGUGCCGUGUGCUCUUCCUCGACCGGCACAGCACUGAUGCUGACUUCCAGAACGGCACCUGGAUCCAUCUCACCGUCAACGCACCCCCCACCUUCCUGGAGACCCCCCCUGCGUUCAUAGAGGUGAGAGACCGGGAGACACUGAGCCUUACCUGCACGGCUGUUGGCAACCCCCAGCCUGUUGUCGUCUGGAAGAGGAGUGACCUGGCUGUCCAGAGUGGGGACACAGUGCAGGUGAGGAAUGGGACACUGAGCAUUGCCGUCGUGGAGCGCGCCAGUGCAGGCACCUACACCUGCCAUGCUUCCAGCAAGGAGGGCACUAUCACCCACACCACCCGUGUGCUCGUGCAGGGGCCACCUGUCAUUGUGGUGCCACCCCAGAAUGUCACAGUCAACAUCUCCCAAGAUGCCUUUCUGGCAUGCCAGGCUGAGGCGUACCCAGGAAACCUCACCUACACCUGGUUCCAGGGCAGCAGCAAUGUCUUCCACCUCAGCCACCUCCAGGCUCGGGUCCGUGUCCUGGUGGAUGGGAGUCUCUUGCUCCAGCGAACAACCCCAGAUGAUGCUGGCAAAUACACCUGCAUCCCCAGCAACGGGCUGUGGAAGCCACCUUCUGCCUCAGCCUUUGUCACAGUGCUGUAUCCAGCGCAGGUGACCACCAUGCUUCCAGAAACUCACCUGCCCAAGGGAAUGCAGGGUGUGAUCCGCUGCCCCACCAGGGCCAAUCCUCCUCUGCUUUCUGUCAGCUGGACACGGGAUGGGCGCCCACUGGAGCUGGACAAGCUCCCUGGCUGGUCUGUGAGACUGGACGGCUCCAUUGUUGUUGCGACUGGGAAUGACGAUGCGCUGGGAGUGUACACGUGCACCCCAUACAACAGCUACGGUACCACUGGCGAGUCCCAGCCCACGCGCGUCCUGCUGAAGGACCCCCCCACUUUCACUGUGCGCCCCAAGGAGGAAUACUUCCAAGAGGUGGGCCGGGAGCUAGUGGUUCCCUGUGCUGCCCAUGGGGAUCCUCCCCCAACUAUCACCUGGCUGAAGGUGGGCAGUGUGGGGAAGACUGGUGCCCAGGUGGAUGCAAACAGCAGCCUUGUCUUCCGCCCACUUGUCAAGGAGCAGCACGGGAUCUGGGAGUGCACAGCCACCAACCAGGUGGCCAGUGUCAGCACUACCACCUCUGUCCAUGUCCUGGGUACCAGUCCUCAUGCUGUCACCAAUGUCUCUGUGCUCCCACUCCUGCUGGCAGCCAACAUCUCCUGGGAGCCAGGGUUUGAUGGGGGUUACUUCCAGAGGUUCAGCGUCUGGUACACACCACUGGUGAAGCAUCUGCCCCGGGCCCAUCAUGAUUGGGUGUCACUCUCUGUGCCAGUGGGGGCUCAGCACCUCUUAGUGGAGAAUCUGCAGCCAGACAUGAGCUACCAGUUCAGUGUCCUGGCCCAGAACAAGUUGGGCAGUGGCCCCUUCAGCCAGAUCGUGACCUCUGUGCCCAGAGGCUUCCCAGUGACCACAGUGCCUCCAGAGCCACCGGCCAUGACCAUGCAUGUCUUCCUGUCCCCGCCGCAGGCUCUGACUGCCAACGAGACAGUGCGUGGGGUCCUGCUGCAGUGGGAGCCCCCGGCACAGCUCUCGGUGGCACUGAGCGGCUAUGCACUGGAGCUGCGGCAAGACAAGGGCAGCUGGGAGGUGCUGGACCGCUCCAUCCCCAGCACCAAGACCCAGGUCCUGGUGCCAGGACUCAUCAAGGACGCCUUCUAUGAGUUCCGACUGGUGGCCUUUGCUGGCAGCUACAUCAGCGAUCCUAGCAACACGGUUAACGUCUCCACAGCAGGCAUGGAGGUGUAUCCGUCUCGCACGCAGCUGCCAGAGCUCCUGCCGCAGCCAGUGCUGGCUGGGGUCAUCGGGGGGAUCUGCUUCCUCAGUGUGGCCAUCAUCUUCAGCACCGUGGCUGCCUGCAUCAUGAAUCGCCGGCGCGCUGUGCGUGUCCAGAAGCGGAGGCAAGAUCCACCACUCGUCUUCUCCCCCAGCAAGAAGCUUCCACCUCCACACACUUCUCGUGGCUCUAGUAGCCCAGAGAGCACCAUGAAGCUGAAGCUGCAGCCGUCUCCCUACCAGAGCCUGCGCCGGACACUGCUGUGGGGCGAGAAGGCUGGCACCAGCCUGGGUCUCAGCAUUGCCGGGGCCGGUUCCCGGUACACCGUGUACGAGAGCCACGUUGGGGAACACGUGCCCCUGGAGCGGAUCUGCCGUGGCCCAGAUGGGCGCUUCGUGGUGGAGACCAACGUGCAGCCCCAGGAGCAUGGCUUUGAGGCGCUGCCAUAUGCUGAGCUGGAGUCAGUCCCCCCGCAGGACACCCUGAGGCCACAAUCUGAGCCCUACCUCCAGCUGCCCCCAGAGGAGGAGGAGCCCAUCUGGCGCAAGAGAGUCUCCCUGCGCCCCCAGCCUGCAGGACAGUCCGCCGGGGGGGGCCAGGCUGGCUACCGCCAGGGCCGCUACUUUGGCUACGGCAGCAGCAGCCCCGUGGACGAGACCACAGCUCUGUGCAUCGUCAACAUCAGCCCCGUGGCCUCUGCUGCCACUCUGCCUUACAGCACCGUGGAGGAGCUGCCCCACAGCCCUGGCAAUGCCGAGCCCUGCCCGAGCUCCACUAGUGCCCUGUGGGACUCGCUGCCACUUGAGGGCUCUCCCCGGCCCGCCCUCGCCCCCCCCAGCCCCAGCCUUGGGGACAACCCGCAGCCGGCUGGACCCCUGGCCCAGAGCGGGAUCCUGCAGUUCCUAAGUCUGCCCUUCUUCAAGGAGAUGUGCGUGGAUGGUGACUGGCCGCCUCUGGAGGAGCCAGCAGAGCCCAGCUGUGCUGCUGGCGAACCAGAGCCUGCUGCCAGCCCCCUGCCCAUGUCACUGGGGGCUGAGGGCUCCCCACUGCGUGUGGGGCGGACGCUGUGCCCAGACUGCAUUGACACAUGUGCCAACGCCACCACCCCCCCAGCUGCCGAUUUCCUCAAGCCCCCCAGGCUGCCAGUGGGUCCUGCCAAGGCCUCCCUGCCUAGCACCCCUGCCUGGCCUGGCUCCCCCAGGAUGCCUGCCAGCCUGCAGCCCCCCAGUCAGCCAGCUCACUGCCUCCUUGCCAGCAACAGCAGGACUGAGGCCAUGCCCUUGGCCCGCACCGUGGAGCCUGGCUGGGGGCCAGGCAGGCUGCCGGAUCCUGCCCCCCUGGAGAAGCUGCCCAGGGGCAGUUUGACCAGCCAGAGCAGCGGCCGGGGCAGUGCCUCCCUCUUGCGUCCCCCCUCACUGGCACCAUCUCUGGGGGGCACCUUCCUGGGCACCCCCUUUGGGGAUGGGAGCAGCUGGCACAGUGGAGGCUCAACAGCAGAGGAUGGCAGGGCGAGAAUGGAUGCAGCCCUUGGUGGUGCUGGGAAGAGGAGGAACACCUCAGUGGAUGAGAACUAUGAGUGGGAUGCAGAGUUCGCCCUGGAGUCGGACAUCCUCGAGGCGCUGCAGCUCUACCGCAGUGGGGCCCCAGCACGGCCCAUCUCCACCAUCGCCCUGCGUGACCUGGAGCGGCAGAACCCCUCACCUGCUGUCAGCAUGGCAAACCGGGGACCAUCAUACGGCCUCAGCCGGGAGGUGCAGCAAAAGAUUGACCGGCAGUAUGACCCUGAGCUGGAGCAGAUCCUGGUGCGGUGGAUCCUGGCACAGUGUGGUGGGGAUGUGGCACAGCCGGCGCCUGGCAGGGACGGCUUCCAGCAGUGGCUAAAGGAUGGCACCGUGCUGUGCCGGCUCAUCAACAGCCUGCACCCACGGGGCCAGGGGCCGGUAGCCAAGAUCCAGGCGUCUGCCAUGGCCUUCAAGCAGAUGGAGCAGAUCUCACAGUUCCUGCAGGCGGCUGAGCGAUACGGCAUCGCUGCCACCGACAUCUUCCAGACCGUCGACCUCUGGGAAGGGAAGAACAUGGCAUGUGUGCAAAGGACUCUGAUGAACCUGGGCAGCCUGGCCGUGGCCAAGGGAGAUGGGCUCUUCGUUGGAGACCCCAACUGGUUCCCCAAGAAGUCACAGGAGAACCGGCGUGUCUUCUCCGAGGACAAGCUGAAGGAGGGCCAGAGUGUCAUCGGGCUGCAAAUGGGCACCAACCGGGGCGCCUCACAGGCCGGCAUGACGGGCUAUGGCAUGCCCCGCCAGAUCCUCUGAGCACCCCCUGCCCCUGGCACGGCCCCCUGGGCCCUGCUUGUGCGGGAUCCCUGGGGUCAGCCCCCAACCUACCUUAACACCCCCUGCCAGUGGACCAGCUGGCUGCCCCCAGCCUGGGUGCCUGCCCCACCGCCAGUAUUUCUAGGACCAAAGUCUUUUGUAAUUAUUAUUUUUGCUGGGUGCGGGUGGGGGGGGUGCUGCUGUGCUGUCCCCCAGUUGCUGCGCCUGCACCCCCCUAGUGCCUUGGGGGCCAUGGUGCCCCUCCACCCCCACCACUGUGCUGGGUAGGGGGGUCUGUUCCCCCUCCCCCCCUGCGCCCCAAUAAACAGCUCCUCUUUUCA